CAGCCAACGGAGGCAGGCAGAUGAAUGCAACCGCUUGGCUGUAGUCGGCGCAUACUUUCCACACACACAGCGAGAAAGGGUUGAGGAACAGAACAGAACAGAACAGGGUGGGAGGGUUUGCGAGACGGGAGAGAAAGAGAAAAGCCAAGCGUAGCACAAGGCAGGCUGUUAGAUGAACAGGGCAGCAUGGCGGGGGUACGGGAGUUCCAACAAGGCAGCCGCUGUCACAGAACAACGUGGAUUAAUGUUAUACUCGGAAUUCUACCGCUACUUUUGCCCUGCGUACAGCAUGGAGGGGCUCAAUUACAAGCCCUGAGUCAAAUGUCCAGCGUGGUCGAGGUUUGGCAAGCUGAGGAUGCUGACCCAGUAGUCCCAACUCAGGUGGAAGAGCGCAGCAAAGACAGUCUUCCACUGGAAGAGAGCUCCUCGUUCUACGUGCCGGAGAAUGGAAGGCCGCUGCGCUUCCAGCCGCCAUCGCUGGAGUUUGGGACACAGCCACUGGGGCUGCCAAGAGCUGAAACCAUAUACAUACACAACCCCAGCCAGGAACUCCCAGUGACAUUGCUGUCAAUGUUUACAUCCAGCAGACAUUUUCACAUGCCUUCGUUCCACAGAAGGGUAAUCCCACCCCGAGGGAAGGCCUCAUUUAAACUCGUCUUCCUUCCGACAGUGGAGGGAUUCAUAGAAAACUCAUUAUUUAUAAACACAUCGGCCCAUGGGGUGCUCUCUUACCAGGUUUUGGGGUUGGGUGUCCACCAGGGCUCUUUAAAGGGGGUCUAUAGGAAGGACAGCGUCCUCAUAUUCCCCCCACAUCCAGAGCAUCAAGCUGAGCCAAACUCAGGAAGAUUCUUCCAACAUCACUAUCCUGGGGCUACUGCUGGAGUGCAGUUUACCCAAGAGCAUAUACAGCCAGCCGCAGGGGUCGUGCUUCCAGAGUGUUGAGGACAACGCGGCCAGGGUGGAGCAGGGACUCAACCUCCAGAUCAGGCUGUCGGAGCACACAGAACGUCCUGCUGACCUGGACAAGCUCAAGCCCUACAUCAUCGAGCACAU